AUGUCCACCGGUACAACAAGGUCGCUAUUCGUGUUCUUCCUCGUCGUGAACUGCAUACUGUGGUCGAGAGGUCGAUAUGGCCAGCCUUUGGAGUCCAGUUCAAGUUUGCUCCACGGUGACGCCAGUCUCGUGAAGCGUAUAUCAUUUGAACUCUCCCAACCUCAAGGAACGCGAGUAUCACAUUAUUCAGAAGAGUGCCAACCUCUUGCAUACCCAAUCGACACUCAGUGCAAACAUGUCAAGGCAGAUUGCCCCAGAUCCGACACCGUCCUCGCAAUCAACUAUCUUCGUCGUUACUUCUGUACAGACGCUACCUUAAGGCCUGUCAUGUUCAUCGGUCUUCUGUUCUGGCUGGUCUUUCUCUUCUCAACACUGGGCAUCAGCGCCUCCGAUUUCUUCACCCCCAAUCUUUCGACUAUAUCUCAACUUCUAGGCUUAGAUGAAAACGUCGCAGGCGUAACAUUUUUAGCUUUCGGAAACGGCAGUCCAGAUUUAUUCUCGACCUUCUCUGCGAUGCGCGCCGACUCAGGUAGUCUGGCUUUGGGCGAACUACUUGGCGCGGCCACUUUCAUUGUCUCUUGUGUCGUCGGGUCUAUGUGCAUCAUCAAGCCUUUCGAAGUACAUCGUACACCUUUCCUCAGAGACGUGGGCUUCUUCACCUUAGCAGUAUCUCUAAUAUUAACCAUUCUGUGGGACGGCGAAAUCUCGCGGAUAGAGGCAGGAGCACUUGUUGGUCUAUAUUUGACAUACGUAUUGGUUGUUAUUAUUGGAAGUUGGUGGGAGAGCAGAAGAGAACGUAAACGUCUUAGAGAAGCGCGCGCAAGAGACGAAUUUGCUGAGCCCUUUCCUCAAUAUACCGACGAUCCAAAUCCCCCGACAUUGACUGUCAACACCCCUACUCCCCAAAGAGUACGCGCAGUAUCUGCUCCCAAUCCUCCUAGAAUUCAAACAAAUAUAUCACCACGUCCAACGCGCUCUCCUUCCCCAGUACCAUCGCAUAUUACACAGCUACCCUCGUUCUCUCUCAUUGGUGCCCUCGAAUUUCGGGACGUGGUCGCCUCAUUACAAAAAGAAGCCGCGGGGAAUUCUUUAGGGAUGUUCGAAACACCCGUAACUCCAUACGCAGGAGGCCAUUAUCACAAUCGACUGGGCAUGACAAGAAGCCCUCAUUCUUCACUUCAGUCAAGCAUGGACUCGGAAACUUUGCAUGGCCUCCAACUGCCUACUCGAGGACGCACAAAUCUAUCUUCGUCCAACGCCACACUUCGUGAGGAACAUCGGGAUCUACUGGCGGACGAGCCGGAUGACUAUUUCGGUUCUGUACAGCAGCAACCCGUACCUUCAAUCUUUCGUACGCCGGCGUCUCCAUCUUUAACUGCCUCCGAAGUUGACAGUGAAGAGCAACUAUACGCUCCAAUGACCAAACAACAACGCGUUUUGGCAACAUUGGGGAAAGUGUUUCACACCCUUUUCCCUACACUGCAUAACUUCCGGAAACAGAGCUUUGUGGGCCAAAUUGCCUUGCUGUUUGCCACGCCUGCGGUGUUAUGCUUAACUUUAACUCUUCCGGUUGUAGUGACACCGUAUCCGAACCUCCAUGCUUCUCCAGAGAAAAUGUACAAUGGUGAUGCACGACUCGUGGAUUUCGAGGAAGAAGGCAUGGAGCGCGUCCUGAUCGCCGAAGAGGAGGUUGAGGAGAAUAUGCACGAACUUUUGUUUAGCAAGUGGCUCACUGCUAUACAAUGUGUUUUGGGUCCACUUUUCUGUGUCAAAGUUCUUUUUGGCAACAAACACAAUUUCAUCUGGAUUUUCCUGGGAACACUUAUUACAGGUCUCUCCAUGGGCGCUCUAGUAGCUAUCUUUAGUGAAAAGGGUAACAGCCCUGCUGCUCGUAUGACCAGGUGCUCAAUGGGGUUCUUUGUCGCCAUCAUUUGGAUCAUGGCGAUUGCUGAUGAAGUAGUCAAUGUACUUCAGACAUUUGGUUUCAUUUUCGGUCUAUCAGACGCUAUCAUUGGCCUUACGAUCUUCGCUGUCGGUAAUUCGCUUGCAGACCUUGUAGCAAACAUGAGUGUUGCGGUCUUCGCCCCUAUCAUGGGAUUCUCUGCGUGUUUUGGAGGGCCAAUGCUCAACAUUCUCCUGGGUAUCGGCAUUUCUGGGUCCUACAUCAUUCACCAAACUUCUCAACCGUACAGUCUCGAACUUUCAAAAACACUAUUCGUCAGCGCCUUUGGCCUCUUGUUCUUGCUCGCUGCCACUCUGCUAUUUGUACCCCUUAACGGCUACUUCUUGACACGACAAUGGGGAGUCCUCCUGAUAGCAACAUACACAAUUAUUAUGAUCAUCAACAUUGUUGUCGAAGUUAAGGGCUGA